UUCAAAACACUCAAGUGUGAAUGCAUUCCAGCCUCUGUCCCCUCCCCCGACUUUUCCAUCAAGAUCAAUAAACACAACCAUCAGUCCCUCCCCCCUCAUCGCAGGCUAUCCCCUCUUCAGUCUAUCAUGAAUGCUGCUGCCAGACUCAUCCACCUUACUAACCGUUCUGUAUCUGCCACCCCUCUCUGCCAAUCGCUCCACUGUCCUCCACUCAGUGUCCUCCAUCCCUCUCUGUCAAUCCCUCCACUGGCCUCCACUCAGUGUCCUCCACCCCUCUCUGCCAAUCCCUCCACUGGCCUCCACUCAGUGUCCUCCAUCCCUCUCUGCCAAUCCCUCCACUGGCCUCCACUCAGUGUUCUCCAUCCCUCUCUGCCAACUCCUCCACUGGCCUCACCUCAGUGUCCUCCAUCCCUCUCUGCCAACUCCUCCACUGGCCUCACCUCAGUGUCCUCCACCCCUCUCUGCCAAUCC